AUGAAGGGGCUACUGAAGGGGUGGAAGAAGUCGAAAGGGAGGGAUGGUCUGCAGGGAUUCACCAUAGAGAAUGUGUUGAACAGGACAUCUUCCCUCUCAACGUUGCUCAGCAAGUGGAAAGCAUUCGCGGGUAGACUGAAUUGCCUUGGGAGGAAAUAUCAUUCCCCCCCCCCGCCCGCAGAGGCUGGCAAAGCUAACAAGUCUCCCAAUGGUUUGGAGGGGAGCUGCUCGUCACCGGAAGUGGUCGGUCCAGAGGUUGGAAGAUCUCUGGAAGCAGAGGCAGGAGAAAGCAAACGCGGAAAGUCUGCAAAGGUGAACAAUACAACUAAACCUUCCGUCUACAUGCAGGACUUUCUGGACCGCCACACAGAGGCCGCGCUUGAUGAUCUGCUUGCGGACAAGAAGGGGCCGUUCAAUUUGCUGUACACUACUGCACUAACGAAACUUAAAUUCUUGGACGCGCUUUUCUAUGCCAUUGACGGGAACUUCCACGUGAACCUGAAAGAUAAACGCAUGGACAUAGAAGACUUUCCGCUUUCGAAAGGAGCGGCUUACUUCGCCGACGAAGAUGCGUUCGCAGGUUUCAGUGCCAAGCUGCCCCCACUGGGGCCAGAGCCCAGCACUUGUCACAAGUUCAAGGCCAUGGGAUACGGCCCUUAUUGGGGGAAAGUCUCUGGAAUGGUGGGCCUCUUCUGCGCGCGACACAUGAUGGUGUUACCAGGAGGGCAUGUGGACUUGCAGAAGGGUGAACGGUUUGUCAACUAUCAGCUGUACUUUGAAAAGCGGAUGAAGGAGCUAUGGGAGAUGCGAGAGCAGAUUGACGCCAUGAAAGUCAUAUCAGAAAAGCCGUUCCUCAAGACAGUAGCAGGCAUCAGGAAAUUCCAUGCGUUGGGCCAUAACAAAGACUGCAGAGCAAAGUGGGGUAUCAGCCUACAACCGGGGGGUAACCAGGUUGACAGCAAAGCACCUGAACGAGUGUGGCUGUCCAUCAACGCCUUGGGAGAUUGGGUGCAAGAAAUGAACCCGGGGAACCGCCACGACCACAUGAAUGAGCAAUACACUGCGUCGCUGGUCAAGAAACUCAAGGAGGGGAGGCUCCAUCUUCCAAGGAUCACGAAGGCUCUUGACAGUUUGGAGGGGGCUCUCGUGAAGUUUCGCGGGCAGCAGUUGCUGGAUGGCUGGAGGAAAGAGGAGAAAGAGUGGCUGGAGAAGGUUGUGAUUGUGGAAGAGAAGAAAAACCUGCCGAACCUUUAUGAUCUUGUGCAGCCGUCCGCAAAAUCUAUGAAAGAGAUAGAAGAAGAAAUCAAACAGAAGUUUGCAGAUGCUCAGUACGGAGUAGAUCUCGCGAGAGUUAUCCAAGAAGGGAUCGCCUUGCAAGAGACUAAGGCCUCAAUCUUUGAUGUGAUCGCGCGACACGAUGGCAAAGAUCAUGUUGCUGACAUGCAGAAGAAGUUCGAGAAUCACUGGAUGUUAUGGUGUAAUCGGCACGGAACGACCAUGGGGCCUCUGAUCGCACGAGCCUCAAACGAGGGGAAAUUUGAGGACUUUGAUGAUGAUCCGGAUUUCGAGCCAGAUGAGGAUACCAGGGGCUUGGACGAUGACUUGGAGAAUGGUCUGGGUAACAGCUCUGACUCUGAUGGCGACGGUGACAGGAAGAAUGACCCCGCGGACGACUUUGACGAGCUCUCGAGUCACGGGCAAGUGACAGCGGAUGGUAUCUCGGUCAUCCUGCCCUCUUCCUGCCCAGCGUCCAUGCGCAAAAGACCUUGCAUGGCCUCGGCGGUGGAGAUUGAGAUCACCCUCCGUGUGGGGCAAGCUAACGACGCUUUGAAUACGCUGCAGACGCAGCUGAUCACGAGCUAUACUUUCCGGAAUCGGGUGGCGAAACGUGACAAGCGGGUGGCAGAAGGACACGUUAUGGCGACGAGGUCAAAGUCGGAGAUUUACAGCAAGGAGCAAAGUGUUCGCAAUGUGGCAAACAAAUACUGGUGGGCCUAUCAAGCACUGGUCACCCUCGGGUACGAUAACAAGGAACAGCGGUUGAAGCCUCUUGAGAACAAGAAUGUUAGGCCCUUCGACAUCAGCAUGGACAAUCAAGAACUGGGCCAGAGCAAGAGGCAGCCAUCUUGGAUCUGGGACGAGCUCGAGUUCCUUGACACUACCAAGGUGUCAGAGAACUUUGAAUCAUAUGCAGAGGAAGGCAAGUACAGGAGGGUGUAUUUCAUCAAGAUUCAUUGGUUCCGGAUGAGUGCACUAAAGGCGAGGUGGGAAGAAGAGGUAGCAGUCGUCCAUGAAGAGAUGGCCCGUACGGUCCGCUUCUUCAAGUUUCACCAACACUUCUGGCUCGAUGUUGGCGAGAAGCAUGAUGAAUCAGAGAUGAGGGGGCACGGCGCGUAUGCACAAAAGUCAGUAUUUAAUAUUGCGUUUGUUCACGAGAGGCCCUGA